ACAAACAAGCAUCAAUCCAGUGAGACAGUUCAAGAAAAUAAGCUAUGUUCUUUGCACCGCAACUUCGCAAGUCCACUACUACGAUACAGAAGGAUCACAAGUCAGUCUCCACUAUCCAGCAGCACAGCAAGAACAAGGUGGAGGAGAAGAGAUGGCUGCUCCGGCGAAGGCAUCGUGGAUGGUGGCCACGAGCGUGGGCACCGUGGAGGCCCUCAAGGACCAAGCUGGGCUCUGCCGCUGGAACUAUGCGCUCAGCUCCAUCCACCGGGCAGCCAAGGCCAGGACCAACGUCUGCGGAGGCGCCUCGCAGGGCACCAAGCAGCUUUCGGCUUCCGCGGCGGCCGUGGCGGAGAGGCGGCGAGUGGAGAAGGCCGAUGAGGGGCUGAGGACAGUCAUGUACCUCAGCUGUUGGGGGCCAAAUUAGGAGUACUAGUAGCUAGCUAGGGCCUAGAGAUGCUUGUGUUCGUUGCAGCAAGAGUAACCUAGCAAGCAGACAUGGCCUGAGGGCA